AGGCUUUUGUCUGGUUGGAUGGUUGGUUUUUAUUCUCGUUUCUGUGGAGAGGAGAAGAGAACGCUCCUCUCUUUCCCCCUCUCUCCAAAACUCUGUUUUUCUCUCUCUCUCUCUCUCCAACAAGCUUUCUUGUUGGGCCUCCUGAUUAGUUUUGGUCGAUCGGUUUCUCGGCACUGCGGGAAGGGGAGAGCUAGAGGGAAAGUUGGUGGUGGUGGUGAUUGGUUGCUUUGGUUGGGGGAAUGGCAAUUCCGGUCGAGAGUGAAAGAGUGUCAUCUCUGUGCUGAUGGAGCGAUGGAGUUCGACGCCGGAAUUCCGAUGUCCCGAGCGGCGGCAGCAGUGGCGGGGUCCGUGACCGAAGGAGCCUCGCUGAACGAAGAUGCAAUGUGGAAAAUGAAGUUGAUAUCAAGUGAAACAAUGGACUCUGGGCAAUAUCCUGAGCGUCCUGGAGAGCCAGAUUGUUCUUAUUACAUUAGAACAGGUCUUUGUAGAUUUGGGGCGACGUGCAGAUUUAAUCAUCCUCCUAAUAGGAAGCUGGCUAUUGCAACUGCAAGGAUGAAGGGGGAGUUUCCAGAAAGAGUGGGACAACCAGAAUGUCAGUACUAUCUGAAGACAGGAACUUGCAAGUUUGGAGCAACGUGUAAGUUUCAUCAUCCUAGAGACAAGGCUGGGGUUGCUGGAAGAGUUGCCUUAAAUAUUUUAGGCUAUCCACUUCGCCCGAAUGAGACUCAAUGUGCCUACUAUUUAAGAACGGGACAAUGCAAGUUUGGAAGCUCUUGUAAAUUCCACCACCCUCAGCCAACAAAUAUGAUGGUUUCAUUGAGUGGCUCUUCUGUGUAUCCUACCAUGCAGUCUCCAACUACGCCUAGUCAACAGUCAUACCCGGGAGGAAUUACAAACUGGUCGAGAGCAUCUUAUAUCCCCAGUCCACGCUGGCAAGGUCCUUCGAGUUACACACCUUUGCUUCUACCUCAGGGAGUUUUGUCAGUUCCUGGGUGGAAUGCAUACAGCGGUCAGCUCGGAUCAGUUUCCUCUUCGGAGACCCCGCAGCAAACAGUAGGAAAUAGUCAGAUCUAUGGAACAUCAAGACAGGGUGAAUCAGCUAAUGCAGGAUCUCAGGGGACAUUUUCUCCACUUCAUUCAGGCUCUAUCCCUGUGGGGUUCUACGCAUUGCAGAGAGAGAAUGUAUUUCCUGAGAGACCUGGCCUGCCUGAGUGCCAGUUUUACAUGAAGACUGGUGAUUGUAAGUUUGGUGCAGUUUGUCGGUUCCAUCAUCCGAGGGAAAGACAAAUUCCUGCUCCUGACUGUGUCUUGAGUCCCAUAGGCCUUCCCUUACGCCCAGGAGAGCCUCUAUGCAUCUUCUAUUCUCGUUAUGGUAUCUGCAAAUUUGGUCCAAGUUGCAAGUUUGACCACCCAAUGGGAAUUUUCACAUACAAUCAUUCUGCGUCAUCUUCAGCUGAUGUCCCUGUCCGGCAUUUGCUGGGGUCAUCUUCAUCGACUGCUGCAUUAAAUUUUUCAUCAGAGGGACUUAUUGAAGCAGUCUCUGGAAAGCCCAGGCGCCUUUCAUUGUCAGAAACUAGACAGAUGCCUUCUGGUGAUGAUAAUAUUGACACAGAAAAAUGAUGAUACGAGUCAUUUACAUUCUCAAAUCUUUUGGAGGUUUAAGCAUAAGUUCUGUAAAUUCAUUUCCUAUUGCUGGAGAUGUACAGAGUUCAUGUCAAGUAAUUCUGUUAUUCUGAAAUGUGUUUCAGUUGACAGACUUGGCUCUCCUGAAUUUCAUAUUGCUGAACUGUAAAAAAAGUCUGCAAAUCUUGUUGCAUAUGGUAAAAUCCAUAGUGAACAUUUCAUCUCCUGAAAAGCUGAUUUCUUAUUUUAAUGUUCUAAUUUUUCUUCCA